UCCCUUCCUUCCUUCACCCCAUACAAACAACACCACAAACAACAUCAACCACCAAAAUGUCCGCCUCAAUCCAAAACCUCGCUUCCAAAGCCACCGGCGGCGCCGUAGGUCCCACCCUCCCCGUCCGCAAACUCGGCAAGAAUGGCCCGACCAUCACCGCCCUCGGCUACGGCACCAUGGGUCUCUCCGCCUUCUACGGCGCCCCGAAACCCGACGCCGAGCGCUUCGCUGUGCUGGACAAGGCCUUCGACCUCGGCGAACUCUUCUGGGACUCGGCCGACAUGUACCAGGACUCCGAGGACCUGCUCGGCGCCUGGUUCAAGCAGAACCCGGGCAAGCGGGAGAAGAUCUUCCUCGCGACCAAGUUUGCCAAUUGCUCGGACGCCGAGGGCAAUCGAUGGGUGGAUUCCACGCCCGAGUAUUGUCGGAAGGCGUGUGAGAAGAGUUUGAAGAGGUUGGGGGUGGAGAGCAUUGAUCUUUAUUAUGCGCAUCGGUUGGAUGGGAAGACGCCGGUGGAGUUGACGGUUAGGGAGUUGAAAAAGUUGAAGGAGGAGGGGAAGAUUAAGUAUAUCGGGCUUUCGGAGUGUGAUAGUGAUUCUUUGAGGAGGGCGUGCAAGGUGGAGCAUAUCGAUGCCGUGCAGAUUGAGUACUCUCCGUUCAGUCUGGAUAUCGAGAGUGAGCAGAUUGGUCUGUUGAAGACGGCUCGUGAGUUGGGUGUUGCCAUCGUGGCGUACUCGCCCAUUGGACGUGGAAUGCUCGGUGGACAGAUUCGCAGCCCGAAGGACUUUGAGGAGGGUGAUUUCCGCACGUUCGCGCCGCGCUUCUCGGAGGAGAACUUCCCCAAGAACCUCGAGCUCGUCGGCCGCAUCACCGAGAUUGCGAAGAAGAAGAAUUGCACUGCCAGCCAGUUGACUCUGGCUUGGUUGAUGGCUCAGGGAGACGACAUCUUCCCCAUCCCCGGCACCACCAACCUCUCCCGCCUCGAAGAGAAUGUCAACUCCCUCAAGGUCAAGCUGUCCAAGGAGGAAGAGCAGGAGAUUCGCAAGGCUUGCGAGAACGCCGUCGUCAGCGGAGCUCGCUAUCCUGAAGCCUUUGCUGCGUCGUGCUUCGCCUCGACACCGCCGUUGAAGGAGUAGAGUGUUCAGACGAUCAUGCAUGCAAGUUGCUUGAUACGACAGGACGAAGGGAUGCCAUCGCAGAAGGGAUGCCGUCGCCGAAGGGUAAGGUCAGAAGAUGAGAUAGUAUCGACAAAUACGAAACUUUGCUACUCGCA